AUGAUCGAUGUAGCGAAUGUUAUCACCGCAUUCAAUGAAUAUAUGUCAUUGAUGAAAUUAUCUUAUGAAAGUAUAGCAUCGUAUAUUGAUGUUUUCACAGCAUGGGAACCUAAAAUCAGUGCUUCGUUUGUGAAUUUGGUUACUGAACAUUUUUUAAUGGGAAAUUUAGAUAAUUACAUAGAGAAAUUACGUUCAGAACAAAAGACCAUCGAUAAUUUGUUAUUAGAAAUUUGGUUUGCUCAAAUUUUAGAUGGUUUAAUGUAUUUAUGGAACCAAAACAUCGUUCAUCGUAAUUUGAAACCAGAGAGCAUCUUCCUUCGCGGUGAAGAUAAUGAACAAAAUUGUUCAAUUGUCAUUGGGGAUAUGACAUUAGCUGCCACGGACAGUGCAUUAUCCUACACUGCUGCCGAAAUAUUCGAUUGUAAACCAUAUACGCCAUUAUCCGAUACAUACUCAUUGGGUGCUAUUUUAUUGGAUGUGUUAUUAACCGAUUGUUUAACGGCACCAGAUGAACAGGGAGUUUCAGUAUGUAGCAUGUAUAUGCCAUGCAUAGCCGGACAGAGAAAUCACAGCGAAGGAGAAUUUGACGCAGAAGAUACGCUACAAUUACGUAUUUGUGCUCGAUAUGAUCAUAAUAUAUUGACAAAAACAAUUGAAAAUCUGAGUAAGGAUAAUCAUGAGAUAUCGUCACUGAUUAACCGAAUGAUGAAUCCUAUACCCGAUGAACGUAUUGGACGAGAAGAUUUUUCUCAAAACGAAUUUAUUGUAAAAUGUAUGAGACAAAUUGAUUCUCAUAUGAUGGAGUAUACAGCGUCUAUUAUUCAUGAGAACGAAAAAGUAGAUGAAUUAAUGUCUAAUGAACAAACUGAAUAUUAUUUAGAAUAUCUAAAACUAAAUCAAAAUGAUGGGAGUCGUGUUCAACAAUGUUUAUUAAUAUUUUGUGAAUCAUAUGCUGCAAGUAUCAAUACAUUGGUGCUUGCCACAUAUUAUUUAAAUGAUAUUGUACCACUCAUUGAACAUUUUCAAACCAAGGGUAAAAUUGCUUUCUAUGGUUUAGAAUUAUUAGAGAAAAUAUUGACAAGUGAUCAUAGAGAAUAUAUUCUUAAACCAAAUUUAAUAGUAUUUAUUAAAAAAAUGAUACCGAACGAUUUAAUGAUUAUUAUGAAAUUAACAACAGUUCUAAAGGAAAUUUUUUCAUUCAAAACAACAACAUUUGAAGAAACAAAUAUUGUUCUCGAUAUAGCACGAAUUUUAAAUAAAUACGAUACUAAUGUGACAAUUAGUUCAAACUGUUGUACAAUAUUUUGGCAUAUGAUAAAUGAACCAUCAUCACUACGUGAUUUAUAUCAAAAUAAAGUAUCUGUCUUAAAUUCAUUAUUAAAUUUAUCAUUAAAAUUAGACAAUAAUGUUGAUAUAUUUACGAAAAUAUGUUUUGCUUUUAUGCCAUUAUUAUUUCAAAAAUCGAUUAUUGAUUAUUUGGCACAAUAUAAUCUUGUUCGAUAUUUUACCAUUGGUCUUCAAAAACAUUCGAAAAAUAGACAAGCUGUUAAAUCAGAACGGUGUGUAAUGCGAUAUUUAUGCAGUCGUUUGUCAGAUGAAACAUUGUUAGAUAGUAUGAAAGUGUUAAAUAACAUAUUUGAUUAUCAUGAAAAUCAUCCUGAUGUUGUUUAUGCUAUAAUAACCUUGUUAAAAUCCAUGAUACAAUAUGAUGAUGCUAUAGAUGAAAUGGUAUCAACAAGUAUUGAUAAUACACUGAUAUUUAAAAUAAAACGUUUUCAUAAUGAUGAUAGGGAGAUAAUGCGAACAUGUGAUGAAAUGUUGCACUCAAUUAAAAACAGACGUUUACUUCAAAAACGAAAGCAAAAUUUCCAAAAAUGA